UCACGGCACCCCUGAAACGAUGGGACUCAGACUGUGUCUCAGCGUGGCUGUGAUAGCUGCUGUACUGCCAGUGGCCGUGCAGGGUCCUCACCAGCGCUCUCUCCUCAAGGAGCUCCUGAAGGACUAUCAGCGUAUGGAACGUCCAGUCAGCAACGACUCCCAGCCCCUCCCUGUGUACUUCUCUCUCAGCCUCCUGCAGAUCAUGGAUGUGGACGAGAAGAACCAAGUCCUCACAACCAAUAUCUGGCUUCAGAUGAACUGGUAUGAUCACUACCUGCGCUGGAACCAGUCCGAAUAUCCAGGAGUGAAAACCCUGCGAUUCACAACAGACCAGGUGUGGACACCUGACAUCCUUCUGUACAACAGUGCUGACGAUGACUUUGACUCCACUUACAAGACGAAUGUCCUGGUGAACUCCAGUGGAUACUGUCAGUACCUGCCCCCAGGUAUCUUUAUGAGCAGCUGUAGCGUGGAUGUGCGUUGGUUCCCCUUCGAUAUCCAGCGCUGCAAUCUCAAGUUUGGGUCCUGGACCUACGACGGCUGGCUGCUGGACCUGCAGAUGGUCGACGCUGAUAUUUCGGGGUACAUGCCCAACGGGGAGUGGGACCUGGUGGAGGUCCCUGGGAUUCGGAACGAGGUUUUCUAUGACUGCUGCAAGGCUCCGUACCCCGACGUGACGUUCGUGGUGACAAUUCGCCGCCGCACGCUCUACUACGCUCUCAACCUGCUCAUUCCCUGCGUGCUGCUUUCAUCCAUGACUCUGCUGGUGUUCGUGCUGCCUGCGGACUCUGGGGAGAAGAUAUCACUGGGUAUCACUGUGCUUCUCUCUCUCACUGUUUUCAUGCUCCUGGUUGCUGAGAUCAUGCCAGCCACUUCAGACUCCAUCCCUCUUAUAGGUCAGUACUUUGCCAGUAUCAUGAUCAUCGUGGGUCUCUCAGUCAUGGCCACAGUGGUGGUUCUGCAGUACCAUCAUCACGACCCGGACGGGGGACAGAUGCCCAAAUGGGUACAGCUGAUUCUGCUCCAGUGGGUCGCUUGGUUCCUCCGAAUGAAACGGCCGGGUGAAUCCGGGGACCCCGAGAGGCCCCCCUGCACCCUAAACCUGCGCCGCUCGAGCGCUCGGAGCCUCUCGGAGCCGUUCCCCCCCCCACACACCCCCACCCCCCCCCCCCCCCCCACCCCCCACCCCCACCCACCCUCCCAGCACCACCUGCCCUCUGGAACCAACAGCAAUGGCAGCCUGCUCUACAUCGGAUUCCAGAACCUGGACGAGCCCCCCGUCCUGUCAGAGCAGCACCCCAACACUGCAGCCACGCAGUGGGCUCCCCGAAAGGGCACCCCCUCUCCCCACCACCCCCACCCCUCCGGCCUCGGCACCCCUUACCACCACCCUCUGGGGAAAUUCUCCAGCCUGGGUGGUCUGGGGUCCCCCCCGCCCUCGGAGGGGUGCGGCUGCGGGGGCCCCCAGCUCGCGUCGAUCCUGGAGGAGGUGCGCUUCCUGGCAGAGAGGUUCCGGGAGCAGGAUGCCGGAGAGACGAUCAGCUCGCAGUGGAAAUUCGCCGCGGCCGUCAUCGACCGACUCUGUCUCGUCGUUUUCAGCAUCUUCAACAUCAUCUGCACCAUCUCCAUCCUCAUGGCAGCACCAAACUUCAUAGAGGCCAUGUCCAAAGACUUCAUCUGAGAGGGAGAGGGAGAGAGAGAGGGAGAGGGA